CCCAUCAAUAGUCAGAAUCGUUCAUCAGCUGAAGUUAACCGUGUAUUGACGAACAGCAUGAUGUACCCAACAUUCUAACCAAGAUUAUAUUAUUGUUAAAAAAACAUAAAUUAAUCUUAAUCAAAAUGAACUACCAAGAAGAACAGGAAGGCGAGAUGGAGGCCUUGCUCUCCAUUUAUGAAGGCGAAUUAGAAGUGUUGACGUCGGAGCCCCGCUAUGUGUUCACCAUGCCCAUCAAAACCGAUGAAUAUGAUCCGGAUGUGGAUGAGUCCGGAUUGUUCGUCCUGCUCAAGUUCUCGUUUACUCCCAAAUAUCCGGAAGAGGCUCCCAAGAUUGAGAUUGAAGAGCAAUCCGAUAAUCUCAGCCUAGACGGCACUGACACGAAAUUUUUGGCUCAUCUCAAUGAACAGGUGGAGGAAAAUCUUGGAAUGAUCAUGGUCUUCACCAUCAUUUCCGCGGCUAUUGAGUGGCUGGGUUCCACGUGGGAAGAGCUAAAGGCUACCAAGGAGGAACGACUCAAACGCCAGAAAGAAGCCGAUGAAGAAGUGGAAAGGAAACGGUUAGAGGGCACGAAAGUCACCAUUGAAGUAUUCAUGAGAUGGAAAACAGAUUUCGAUAAAGAGAUGAUGGCAUUGAAGGAAAAAGACAAGAACGAGGCCAAGAACAAGGACAAACUAACGGGCAAACAACUCUUCUUGCGAGAUGCUUCAUUAAUCGAUUCUGAUGUCAAGUUCUUGGAAGCGGCUGGCGAUCCUGUUAAAGUGGAUGAGUCGUUAUUCGAAGACUUUGAUGACUUGGAUAUUGAUCCCGACGAUGACGACGACGAUGAUGAGGAGAAUGAUCCAGAUUGGCGGACAGGAGAAAUUAGCGACUAAGCUUUUGCACUUACUCUGUGAUGUCUAUCUUCUUCUCAGCGAAUAAAAACUAUCUUUACUCUUGGA